UCUCCCGUUCAUGCCACCACCUUUUCACUCGAUUCCGUCUUGACCGUGCGAGCCGGUCCCGCUCAACUGAGUGGCGCCAUGCCAGGGACACUUUUGCCCCCGAGAUCCCACCGGCAACACGCACAGAUGGACCGAACGUCGGCCUCAGGGCCUGAUCUGUAUUUGAUUGCCGACCAGGACACUGUGUACGAGCAGGAUCUGCUUCGGGAUGCCGGCAGCGUUAAGCCAUGGCUUGCCUACAUCGAGUACAAGCAGCAACAUGGAACGCUUUACGAACAGGCCUUUGUGAUGGAGCGCGCGUGCAAACAACUCCCGCGGUCUUACAAGCUCUGGAAGAUGUAUCUGGAAUUUCGAGUGAACCAUCUUCGCGGCCGCAAUGCGACUAUCUAUAAGUCGGAGUAUCAGAAAGUCAACGCGCUCUUCGAACGGGCGUUGAUCCUUCUCAACAAAAUGCCCCGGAUAUGGGAAAUGUACCUCGCUUUCAUGCUGCAGCAACCGAUUAUCACGCAAACCCGACGGACCUUCGAUUGUGCGCUGCGAGCCCUCCCGAUUACUCAACAUAAUCGAAUCUGGAAGUUGUACAAGAAGUUCGCUCGGUCCGCUUCGGGUCAGACUGCCGUGAAGAUUUGGGCGCGUUAUAUGCAGAUUCAUCCGGAGAACGCGGAGGAGUACAUCCACCUCUUGGUGGAGAUGGGUCAAUACACGGAAGCCGUGAAGAAGUACAUGGAUAUCCUUGAUAACCCCCGGUUCCAGUCCAAAGAGGGGAAGAGCAACUUCCAGCUGUGGACUGAGAUGGUUGACCUCUUAGUCUCGAAGGCGAAGCAGAUCAAGACCGGGCCCCAGGUCGGUAUCGACGUGGAUGCAAUUUUGCGCAGCGGAAUUGAGCGGUUCGCGGAUCAGAGAGGUAAACUGUGGGCCGGGUUAGCGACUUAUUGGAUCAUGAAGGGCAGCUUUGAAAAGGCCCGAGAUGUCUUCGAGGAAGGCAUUAUCACCGUCAUGACUGUGCGCGACUUUACCCUUAUAUUCGAUUCCUACGUUGAAUUUGAGGAAUCCAUCAUCGGAAGUUUGAUGGAAGCCGCGGCCGUUCGAGCAGAGAACAACCAGUCUGACGAAGAGGCUGACUUCGACCUUGAUCUUCGAAUGCUCAGGUUUGAACAGCUGAUGGACCGUCGCCCGUUCCUUGUCAAUGACGUUCUGUUGAGGCAAAACCCUAACAACGUCAUUGAAUGGGAGAAGAGAGUGGCUUUGUGGGGUGACAACAAAGAUGAAGUCGUCCAAACUUACACGGCCGCAAUCGCAGCCAUCAACCCGAAGAAGGCCCACGGGAAGUUUUCAGAACUCUGGGUCAACUACGCCAAGUUCUACGAAACCGGUGGAGACCUGGACUCCGCACGGGUUAUCUUUGAGAAGGCUGUCAAGGUGCCUCUUAAGUCUGUUGUUGAACUGGCCGAGACCUGGUGUGAAUGGGCCGAAAUGGAACUCCGCAACGAGAACUUUGAUCAGGCAGUGCAAGUGAUGGCCAAGGCGACCCAGGCCCCCAAGAAGUCCACCGUGGAUUACUUUGACGAGGACCUUUCGCCUCAGCAACGAGUCCACAAGAGUUGGAAGCUAUGGAGUUUCUACGUCGAUCUGGUGGAGAGCGUCUCGUCCCUGGAAGAAACGAAGAAAGUGUACGAGAGGAUCUUCGAGCUGCGCAUCGCCACGCCGCAGACGGUGGUCAACUACGCCAAUCUCAUGGAGGAACACAAGUACUUCGAGGAAUCGUUCAAGAUUUAUGAGCGUGGCCUGGAUCUCUUCAGCUAUCCCGUGGCCUUUGAACUUUGGAACCUUUACCUGACCAAGGCCGUGGACCGGAAGAUUGGCAUCGAAAGACUGCGGGAUCUCUUUGAACAGGCCCUCGACGGAUGUCCUCCCAAGUUCGCCAAGCCGCUCUACCUGAUGUACGGCAAUUUGGAGGAAGAGCGCGGUCUGGCUCGACAUGCCAUGAGAAUCUACGAGCGGGCCACUCGUGCAGUCUCCGACGAGGACCGGUUCGAGAUGUUCGAGUUCUACAUCACCAAAUCCGCUUCCAACUUCGGCCUCACUUCCACGCGGCCGAUCUACGAGCGUGCUAUUGCCGCGUUGCCCGACCAGGAAGCCAAGGAAAUGUGUCUCAAAUUCGCCGAGAUGGAGAGAAGACUGGGCGAAAUCGACCGAGCGCGUGCCAUCUACGGCCAUGCGUCCCAGUUCUGCGACCCGCGCACCAACGCCGUAUUCUGGCAGAAGUGGGAGGCGUUCGAAGUGCAGCACGGAAACGAAGACACCUUCAAGGAGAUGCUCCGCAUCAAGCGAAGCGUCCAAGCACAGUACAACACGGACGUCAACUUCAUCGCCUCCCAAGCCAUCGCGCGCAGUCAGCAGCGAACCCAAGAAGGCGGCGCCGAAACAGAAGACACGGAGGGCUCGACCGAGAAAGCCGACGCCAUGGCCGCCCUGGAGCGACAGGCGCGCGCACCGGUCGGCUUCGUCGCGGCCAGCACGGGGCCCGAAGGCGGCAACCGUCCUCCUCCAGCGGGUCAAGAGCCAACAGCGGCUCCCGCGGCCAACCCGGAUGCUAUUGACCUCGACGCUGACAUGGAUGCGGACUGAGGUAGAAAUUUCCUGUCUUGAUAUGAGGAUAAAUGGUUAUUUUAUUCUGUCUUAUUCCUUGGCCUGAACAUUGGCCGAUGUACACCGAUCAGUUCUUUUUUCCUUUUCUUUUAUCUUUUUCCAUGAGUUGGUUCUGACAGGACCCGAAGGGUAUUCAGAUAUGGGUUCUCUCUUUUGUUACUUUUUUUUUACUAUCCACUAUUUGUGUGAUCUUGUCUCGUCUCGUCUUGUCUUGAUUUGUCUGUGGCUGUGCAAUACCUGGCGUUGUGCAUAGGCAUCUAUCUAUCUAUCUUCUACUUUACUUUACUCUACCUUUACUUACUUCUAUCUCCAAUCUGCUUGAAUGAAC